AUGCCGUCAGAUCUGCCGCACCUUGACCUUCAACAACAAGAUCGUCAUCAUCCUCUUCCUCACCUUCCUCUACAACAAGGUCUUUCCAACACCGACGCCUUCCGGGGUGAACUUCAUCACCUUGACAUCACUGCCCAAUCUCUCCGCGCUGAGAAAGCCGCCCUUUUGAGAAAACUGCAGGCCGUUCGUGAGAAGAUCUUCGCCAACGACAACCACAUCCGCCACACCAUGGAGAACCUCAGCAGCGAGCUCUUCCGCAGCCAGCGCGUUGAGCGCCAGUCAGAGUUUCAAACUAGCAUGCUCAACAAUGACCACUUCAUCGAAGCCAUGUACUAUCAGAUGCAGGCCCAGCCGCAGUUGCUCAAAGCCGUCCAUGCCGUCACCAAAGAGGAAGGCACCCUUCAAGACAACAAUCUCAUUGCAGCGGCCAUCAUGACCGAGCUGACGGGCAACACUUUCCAAUUCGGCCACGAUGUCGCAGCUCGAGUCACCGAGUUCGAAAAGGCAAAGAACGAAUCUCUUGCAGCCAUGGGUGAACCUCUCUUUGAUGGUACUAACGCCUUUGUCGAUCCCACCUUAGCGAUCACUGAUCCUGCCCUGGACGAUGGAGCUGCUCAGUCAGCGCGAGAUCCGUCCGUUCUCCCAUUAGAAGAAGCUAGAGAUGCGUCCAUCGCCGCUUUGGUGUCCCCUUCUGUCAAGUCCGAGGCUGCUUCCAUCGCCACCCCUCUCAAUGUCUCCAACGGUUUCCCCGAUCUGACCGCAGCUGCGUUGACCAAUACGCCUGGCAAUAUCGCUUCGUCAAUCGAGACGACUCCGAUUCGCCGUGAGCCACGAGCCAGUGUUGUCGCGCAUGGGAUGACAAAUCUUCAGAAGAGCUUCCCUGGUCUCCUGGAAUCCAUAGCCCCUGCCGCCUCACCUCCUCAUCCGAAACCCGCUGUUGCCGCCGUGGCUGGGAGGCGUGGAAGAGACUCUGUCGAACUGAACGACAGCCCAAGCCCAAAUCAUGUCCGAGUGGCCAAGAAACUCAAGACCGACAAGGAACCAGCUAUUUCCCACACCUUCAUCAAUUAUAUGAAGCACCUCGAACAACUCCACCGAGCCGGAAAAUCGAUCUCCAGCAACAUUCGCUGCUCUCGUUGCCAACAGAUCAAGCGCGAUGUUCGUGUCCUGAACUGCCUGCACUUGUACUGCCACCGCUGCGUCCUCCAGCUCAGAGGUCAGGCCCAGCACGGCAACGCCACCACUGGCUUCCAGUCGACCUGUGUCAAGCCCGGGUGCAACCAGGUCGUGAGUGGCAAGACCACCGUCAUUGACAGCGAGAUUGUCGACUUCCUCCAGUGGUACGAUCAGCAGUCUCCCGUGAUCACUUCCAAGGUCUGUCAGCUCCAUGUGCUCAACACCGCUUCUGCUAGAUAUCCCGAAGAUAAUGGGGUCAAGGCCAAGCUACAGCAGGUGCAGGGCCAAAUCCGUGCCGCGCACCAUGCUGCCGUCGGGGAUCAACCGGUCGACUUGAUGGUGAUUGCAAAGUUGUGCCGCAAGCCAUACUUGUGA